AAUGUAGGAACACGGCGUUUAAAUAUACCAAAAUACAACCAAUUUACAUAUCUGUAUGCAAAUGAGCAUGGAGAAAUAUGGAUCAAUUAAAAUAGCCGUUAAAUAAGAAGAGCCACACACACACAAUGUUAUUAAGAGAAGGGAAAGAAAUAACGAGCGGAUCGAGUAAAUUGCCUAUUAAGCAGCUUUCGUAUAAGAGAAUUAAAUUAAAAAUUAAAAAAAAAAAAUACACUGCGGAUGACAAAUUUAAAAGCGUUAAGGAUUCGAACAUGUCAAUAUAUUAUUGUGGCCGGUGUAAAUAAGCUGUUGUUGUUUAAGAGCUGAAGAUUAUAGACAAAAUAAAUAUGCUGAUGCAUAUCAGCAUUUAUGGACAAACAAUACGCUGUUAAGUGUCAGGAGCCGAGAACAAGCUAAUUAAGUAUAUAACACAUAAACAAAAUAUUCUGGCAGAUAUACAGAUCUUGUAAUCAAUCCGGUAGGCUAAAAGGGGCCCCAUUUACAGCUUUGUUCCUAUUUUUCUUUGAUAAGAAGAAAUUCGUUUAACAUUACCCCGUCGAUAAUUUACUUGGAAAAAAAUAUAUGUAAACAAUUGGAAAAUGGAUUAUUUUAUUUGGGAAAUUCAAUUUUAGUAAACGGGUAUGAGACAAGAUGUAAUUAUUUCGGAUAAAGUGAUCGAAGACUCAGACAUUGCGUCAACAUGUUUGUAGACAGAACUCAUUAGUGAUUAAGAUGAAAGGCAAUGAAUAUCGUGUAAACAAACGUGUUUAUAUAAACAUGGAUUUGAUUUGGGUAUAAAUAAAUAUUAUUUUAAAAUAUUACAAAAUUUGUAAAUUAAGUAUUUAUUACAAAAAAAAUAUAAAAUUUAAUGCGUAGUGUCUUAUGAAAGAGACUACGUUUGAUAAACUUUCGCCAUUGUUGACGUCAUUGCACUCCUCCCCUCUCCAAACACAACAGCCCGACGUCACAAUUCAUCCAAAUAUUCUUUACGGUUAUUCGUCCUUUUCUAUAAAUACCGAAGAAAGACGUUUGCCGAUUGGUCUAUUUUGGCGGGUAGGAAUUUACUUGUUACUCGCAACCUCGUGGUGACGAUUCGCAUCCAUUUACGUCAUAUCGUCUCACUAAAAGAAAGUAAUCCCCGAGGAUAUUAGAAAUAUUUAUAAAGGAGGAAAAUAUAAGUAAGGUUAGACGAUCGAUAGGUGUUAAUUAGGUUGUGACGUUACCUGUCGUGUCUGUUUUAUGGAGACAGAGUCGGGAUGUAGUCUAGCACGAAACUCCCGCCAGACAGCGCAUUUAUACCAGACGGGUGACGGUCAAUGGUCAUAGAAGGCGAGACAGAGUAUUGUGAUUUUGGCGUGCAUGCCUCUUGGUAGGGUCAUCACACUUCUGCUGAAAAUUCCGAAUUCUCCUGUUAACAAUCUUCGACCAUGCUUUCGCGAAAAUUACCCACGUUAUCGAACGUCUUUUCUACUAAUGGAAACGACAAGGAGUCUGGAAAUCGGUGGACAUCGUGUACCGCUCGAGAUCUGUUUACUUCGGAAGGUACGGCACAUCAAAGGUGUGAUCAAUCUACUCGAUUGGUACGAGAGACCGGACUCUUUUAUAAUAGUCAUGGAAAGACCGGAGCCAGUUAAGGAUAUGUUCGACUUCAUUACUGAGAAGGGUUAUUUGGAAGAGAAGCUUUCGCGGAUGUUCUUCAGACAGGUGGUGGAGGCAACGGUGGCAUGUCACAAAGUGGGUGUCAUCCAUCGCGACAUCAAAGACGAAAAUAUAUUAGUGAAUCUACGUUCCAUGCAAGUCAAAAUGAUUGAUUUCGGUUCGGGAGCAUAUCUGAAGGAUACCAUGUAUACGGAUUUUGACGGUACUCGAGUGUAUAGUCCACCGGAAUGGAUCCGCUUCAAUCGCUACUACGGUCGCAGUGCCACCGUGUGGUCUCUAGGAAUCCUUUUAUACGACAUGGUGUGUGGAGACAUCCCCUUUGAACAUGACGAACAAAUACUCAGGGGUGACAUCCGCUUUCGGAGGAAUCUCAGUUCAGAAUGCGAGGAUUUAAUCAAGAAAUGUCUGUCGCUCGUACCUAACGAUCGUUUGACCCUGGAGGACAUCAUGGUGCACCCUUGGAUGACGGCCAAACUAGAACCGACUCGAAGAAGCUCUUUGGAUCAACAGACAUACGAUAAAGCGUCGACAACAAGCGAAGAAAGCAUAUGAUCCUAAUUGUGCUUCGUAGAACUCUUUUUUGUGAUAAAUGGUUAAUUUAUUCAGCCCCUUGUACAUAUUGUAUAUACGGUUUUGAUUAUUGUUAAUUUGUAUAUUUCCUGAUAAUUUAUAAGGCAGAAGUUCCAAAAUACGACCAAAACUUUUAUC